AUGACUGGUACCGUGGACGUCGAGGAUGUCCUUUCUAAACUCAACAAUGUCGAGAAAGUAGCAUUGUUAGCAGGUGCCGAUUGGUGGCAUACAAUUCCAAUAAAGCGCCUCGGAAUCCCUGCGAUUCGCAUGUCUGACGGCCCUAAUGGUGUUAGAGGGACUAAAUUCUUCAACGGAGUCAAGGCAGCAUGUUUUCCCUGCGGCACCGGCUUAGGCGCAACAUGGGACGUUGACCUUUUACGCCAAGCUGGGCAAUUGAUGGGCGACGAGAGUAAAUCCAAAGGCUCUCACAUCAUUCUUGGGCCAACCAUUAACAUGCAGAGAUCUCCUUUGGGCGGACGUGGGUUUGAGAGUUUGAGUGAAGAUCCUGUUCUGGCUGGUCUUGGUGCUGCUGCACUUGUAAAUGGUAUUCAGGAUAAGGAUAUUGCGGCCACGAUUAAGCAUUUUGUGUGCAAUGAUUUGGAACAUGAGAGGAAUGGGACAAACGCCAUUAUUACGGACCGAGCGCUGAGGGAGAUCUAUUGCCUGCCUUUUCAAUUGGUCGUCAAAGAUUCGAAACCCGCUUGCUUUAUGACUGCAUAUAACAAAGUAAACGGAAUUCAUGUCUCUGAAAAUGAUAAGAUACUCAAAGGUAUCCUGCGUGGCGAAUGGGGUUGGGAAGGAAUGGUAAUGAGUGAUUGGUGGGGAACAUACUCAACUUCAGAGGCUAUUAACGCUGGUCUUGAUCUCGAAAUGGCCGGUCCUACUCGGUGGAGAGGCAUGGCUUUGCAGCAAGCGGUUAGUGUUGGCAAAGUCCACCAGCAUGUCCUCGACGAGAGAGUGCGCAACGUCCUAAAUCUCAUUAACCGAGUAUCGGCUGCAAAAAUUGAGGAGUACGCUCCUGAGCUUACAGCAGAUACACCAGAAACCGCUGCUUUCCUUAGGAAGAUUGGUGGUGAGAGUAUCGUUUUGAUGAAAAAUGAAGACAAGAUUCUUCCUUUGUCGAAAGACAAAAAGACGCUCAUUCUAGGUCCUAAUGCUAAGUACGCAGCUAUUCAUGGUGGUGGUUCAGCGGCAUUAGCAGCUUACUAUGCUGUGACUCCAUUCGAAGGUAUCAAGUCGCAACUCACCUCAGACCCACUUUACACCGUCGGCUGCUAUUCCCACAAGGAGCUUCCAUUGAUCGGAGACAUUUUGAAGACCGCAAAUGGGGAGACUGGAAUAUCAUUCAAGGCCUACAACGAGGCUCCAAACGUCCCGGACCGUGAAAUUGCAGACGAAUUAGUCCUUACCAAGACCGAACUACUCAUGAUGGACUACAAUUGCUCAAAGCUCAAAUCGGAUCUCUGGUACGGAACGAUCGAAGGUACUUACACAGCAGAGGAAGAUUGCGAUUUCGAAUUCAGUCUCGGAGUUUAUGGCGCUGCAAAGCUUUUCGUGGAUGACAAAUUACUUAUCGACAACGACACUGUGCAGAGAAAAGGCACUAUGUUCUUCAACUGCGGAACAGCUGAAGAAAAAGGUACUAUUCCAGUCAAGAAAGGACAAGCAUAUCAGAUACGCGUAGAGUUCAGCAGUGCUCCAACCAGUAAACUUGAUCCAGGGAGCAACACAUUGUUUGGAAGUGGAGCUGUCAGAAUCGGGGGUGCAAAGGUUAUCGAUGCCGAGGAGGAAAUCAAACAUGCCGCUGCACUCGCAAAGAAUACUGACCAGGUUAUUAUCUGCGCCGGUUUGAAUUCCGACUGGGAAAGCGAAGGUAACGACCGUGAUAACAUGGCUCUACCAGGCUACAUGGACGCCCUCAUCACCGCUGUAACAGCCGCCAACCCUUCCACGGUCGUCGUAAUGCAGUCCGGCACACCCGUCGAAAUGCCGUGGAUCUCGAGCACCAAAGCCAUGAUCCACGCCUGGUACGGCGGCAACGAGACUGGCAACGCCAUCGCAGACGUUCUUUUCGGAAAAGUAAAUCCAAGCGCCAAACUACCCUUGAGUUUCCCCAAACGUCUCCAGGACAAUCCCGCGUUCUUAAGUUACAAAACUGAGAGAGGGAGAGUCCUGUAUAGUGAGGAUGUUUAUGUCGGGUAUAGAUGGUAUGAAAUGCUUGACCUACCCGUUCUCUUCCCGUUCGGCCACGGAUUGAGUUACACCACAUUCGAAAUUAGCGAGCUUGCGAUCUCGAAAUCAGAUGCCUCUCUCAAGGUCUCUGUCAAAGUCUCCAACACAGGCGAUCUUCCCGGCGCGGAAGUAAUCCAAGUUUACGUCUCGCAGAAGAACCCAAGUAUCAAGCGUCCUAAGAAGGAACUCAAGGGAUUUAAGAAAGUGUACCUGGAGAAAGGAGAGAGCACGACAGUGGAAGUGGAGAUUGAAACGAAAUACGCGACGAGUUUCUGGGAUGAGGUUAGGGAUUCGUGGAUUAUUGAGAAGGAUACAUAUGAUGUUUUGGUGGGGAGUACGAGUGAGAAAAUUCAGGUGAAGGGGGAGUUUGAGGUUGGGAAGACGAGUUGGUGGAAGGGUUUGUAG